CUUCAGGUGUUGUCUGCUUUAUUUCUCUAUCUCUUUACCCAAGCAUCAUGUCGCAGCACUCUAUCUGUGGUAGCAAGGGCUACAAAAACUUCAGCUCAGUUUCAGCUUGCUUACCCAAGAAUGUGAGCAGGUACAGUGUUACCUCCCUCUCUUCCAAAAGAGGGGUUGGCCAUGGCCACCGUGCACAGCCAUCCUUUAGCAGCAGAAGUGCCUACAAUACUGGCUCAGGCAUCCAUAAGAUUUCUGUUGGAAGUCAUCAUUCAGGAGGUGGACAUGGAUGUGGGUUCAACUACGGUUUUGGGCAUGGAUCUGGCUUUGAAAGAGGUUUUGCUGGAGGUGCUAUGAAUGGAGGUAUUGCACCUGUUACUGUCAACCAGAGUCUUCUGGCACCACUCAACUUGGAAAUUGAUCCAAAUAUUCAGAGAGUAAGAAGAGAGGAGAAAGAGCAGAUUAAGACUCUGAACAACAAAUUUGCCUCUUUUAUUGACAAGGUGCGAUUCUUGGAGCAACAAAAUAAAAUGCUGGAGACCAAAUGGGCUAUUCUACAAGAACAAAGAACAGCCAGAAGUCACAUCGAGCCACUAUUCGAAGCUUAUAUCGGCAAUCUCAGGAGGCAGCUUGAUUGUUUGUUGGGUGAGAAAUCACGUCUGGAGGGAGAAAGGAAGAACAUGGAGGAUAUAGUGGAGGAUUUUAAGAGAAAGUAUGAAGAGGAAGUCAACAGGCGCACAACUGCAGAAAAUGAAUUUGUGGUAUUAAAGAAGGAUGUGGAUGCUGCAUUUUUGCACAAAGCCGAACUGCAGACCAGGGUGGAGUCUCAGACUGAUGAGGUCAACUUCUUGAGGACUAUGUUUGAAGCGGAAAUUGCCCAGCUUCAAGGCCAAAUUUCUGAUACUUCAGUCAUUGUGUCCAUGGAUAACAACCGCAACUUGGAUUUGGACGGUAUCAUUGCUGAGGUGAAAGCACAGUAUGAGGAAAUUGCCAACAGAAGCCGAGCUGAAGCUGAGUCUUGGUAUCAGUCCAAAUAUGAAGAGCUGAGACUCACUGCUGGCCGCAAUGGAGAUGAUCUGCGCAACACCAAGAAUGAAGUUGCUGAUCUCAACAGAAUGAUUAACAGGCUAAGGGGAGAGAUCGAAACUGUAAAUGCACAGCGUGGCAAACUGGAAGGUGCCAUAACAGAGGCUGAGGAACGUGGAGAAAUGGCUACAAAGGAUGCAAAGAAAAAAUUAGCCGACCUUGAGGAAGGUCUUCAGAAGGCCAAGCAGGACAUGGCUCGCCAACUGCGUGAAUACCAGGAACUGAUGAAUGUGAAGUUGGCCCUGGAUAUUGAGAUCGCCACCUACAGGAAGCUGCUAGAAGGGGAGGAAGGCAGGCUCUCAGGGGAAGGUGCAGGGUCUGUAAAGAUUUCUGUGGUCAGCUCCACUGUUGGAGGGUCUCACGGAGGUGGAAAUAGCUACCACCAUGAAAGUGGCAUGUCCUCUGGCAAUGGGCAUGGAUGCAGUGGCAAGUUUGGUGGCGGAAGUGGCUUCAGUUCUAUGGGAGGAGCUUUCAUUUCCAGAGGAAAGCAUAGCUCUGUUUCAUCCUCAGGCUCCAAAAAGAUGUAAAUGUUUAACACUUGCUGGUAUUAAUACUGCUCAAGGCUAGAUUGCUGGUAUAUUGACUGCAACAGUUACUAAUAU